UUACAAGGAGGGUCUAGAAAGCCUCACAUAAUUGGUGUUCUUGGACUCGGUGGAGUUGGGAAGACACAGCUUGCCUUGAGAUACUUUCGCGAUGCAACGAGCCGCCAAGUUGAUCCCUACACAACGGCUUUCUGGCUGGAUGCUUCUUCAGAUACCGCCAUACAAGCAGAAAUUUCUAGAAGUAGGUAUUUAAUUGGCCCUCAAAACCGUCGCCUUGCCGUCCCCGAGACUGAGCAACCUGCCAGGGUUAUCUUGUCUCGGGUCAUGGAUACUUUAGAAGCUUGGACCAAACCAUACUUAUUGAUUUUCGAUAACGUUGAGUUCAGUGGCAUCCUAGAUUACGUUCCAAGGGCGGGUCCGGCGGCAAUCGUCAUAACUUCUCGAAUAUUACAACACGAUUCCAAUGUCCUUGACACCCAGGUUCUACUUCGUGACCUUCCCCUAGACACAGCAAUACCUCUUCUAUUACAUUUACUUGGGUUUAAUGACCCUCGGGACCAUAGAUACAAGAAUAGCAUUUCAGAGGCAAAGAACGUGGUUCAACGCCUUGGAGCAUUGCCUCUAACUAUUCAUGCGGUAGCAUCGUAUAUGAAGGCACAACACUUGACUGGGCAUAUGUCCCAGUUCCUACAGCAGUAUGAGCAAAAGAAGCUCUAUAUGCUCCGCAAAUCUUCUCAUUCAUGGGGCUAUGCUAGAAAAAACCAAGAUGUUUUUACCACCUGGGAACUGUCGCUCCAGGCCCUCAGAUCCGACGAGCUAAGCCGAGAGAGGAUGUCUCAUUUUCUCGCUGUAUGCUCUUUUCUCAGUCCCCGCCGUAUCUCAUGUGUGCUUUUCGAGCAACAUUAUCGGCGUCGCGUUUUAGAGAAGUGUAUAUGUUGUCCACUACACAAUUAUUGGAUGAGGAUGUUCCUUGAUGCUAAAGGCAAAUUUGAUAGAUCUCGCUUUCGCGAGGUUGUCGUCGAACUUGAGGCCAUUUCUCUUGUAGAGUCAUGUUCAGUGGACUCUUUCGGCUUUGUUUCUUUUUCCCUGCACCCUCUGGUAAGAGAUUGGGCUAUGGUGAGACCGGGCUGCUGCCAUGGGCAAAUACACUUUGCCGAAGCGCUCGCCUGCUUGGCCGCAACUUAUGAUACGUCUGGUUCUUUAGACAGUAUCUUGUAGCCCGCAUACCUUUUUGGCGGAGUCACCCAGCUGGUGGAAGGCACUAGCCCCGAGACACGGAGAAAGAUACAAAGAAUGACCCUCGAGCUGCGCGCUCAUCGUGAUAUUUGCUUGAAGAACCUUGGUGGAUAUAAUUGGGAUCCUGAGUACCUGGAAACCCUAGAGCCGAAUCUACGAAAGGAAAAGGACUGGCUACUACGUUCAAUCAAUACGCUAUGCCAUUAUUCCAUUGGAAAAGACGUGAACCUCGAGCAGAUUAAAGGAUUAUUCAUAUGGGUUGACGACA